GAACUCUUAACACAUAUCUACAUUCACCCUCACGACACUGACAUCGCUCUAACAUGGACUCUAUCAUCACUACGUGGAUUCCGGGGGGAAGGCCGCCCAUCAGCCGAGGGCCUCCCUCACCUCCAAUCCCACCGCCGACACCGAUACCCCCCUUUAGGCCGGACCCGGGAAAGAAGUCAGCGUCUACCGACCCCACUCCGGACGACUCGGACGGGGACGUGAGCGCGCAUGCUGCUGGUUCCCAGCUCCCAAACCUACCACCCGGGACCGACUUCUAUGCGCCAUAUCUUAUACGUACUGGAGUUCAAACGGAUGAUAACAUUGUCAUGCGACGGGUUCAGCGGGACCUUAACACUCAUGAUGCUGCGGAAACGGAGGUACUGUACUAUACAGUUCCGAAGGAGCGAUUUCUUGAGCUUGAGGUCACAGACGAUUCCACAUUACCGUAUUCUAUACUCGAUGGGUUGUGUCCAGAACUCAAGGUCCAGUUUUGGAACGAUGAGAUGUGGGGUCCUAAACUAGGGGACUUGGCCAGCAGUCAGCUCGAAAUUUCCUCCACUGGAUGGUCAUUCACCAACUAUUCUGCUCGCCGUACAGAUACCAAGACCGGUGACAUUGUCGUGGAGUUCUGCCUUGACGGACUGAAGUUGAGUUAUCUUUGGGAGAGACACACCCCUAUUCGCACGCCGCGAGGGAAGCCUGUCAUCGCACUCGAUCACGAACGUAUAGGGGUAGUGGAAAGGGUUUGCGUUUGCCUUCGGAGGACUGCCGGGUCUGGGGCCAACCCACGCUGGAGCUUGGAUAUAAUCUCUCCAUUCGGUAUUAGCUCCUAUUUUGACGGAUUCAACACUCUUAUGGGAAAUCUCAAUGCUGGAACACUUUGGACGCAGCUUGCCGUGCACGAUCCGAGGCGGCUGGUGUUGGAAAUUGUUCGCACAAUGCUUUCCUGGAGAAACUUGGAUGAAGAGCUGCGGGUCAAAGUCACGAACACGUGUGAAGUAAUGUUGCAGCGCGCAUCGAUGGACCGAUGCUAUCAAGGUCCUUCACCAAGAGCUCAGAGUCUUGCAGGAUUGCCAGCUUGCUUUGGAAUCCAACUUGAACUUCGUCAACGCGCUGCAAGUCGAUUUGUCGAUUGCGGCUGUGCCAGGACCGGACUUGUCGGAAUAUGCUGAGAACGACGAGAUCAUUGCGGAAUUUCGAAGUGUUGGGUCAGGCCUGAAGCAGAAUAUACUCUUCGUCAAGCAGUUGAAAGAGGAACUGGCUACUACAAUUGACAUGAUUUUCAGCGCAGUGCAGGUCGACCAGAGCAUCCAGACGUUAAAA